AUGCAGUUCAACACGGCCAGGACCCACAACUGGGUGAUGGGGCUUGUGGCGAUGAUCCCAUGUAUCCAGGCCUACUAUGCAUUGGCACACCCGCUCUACGAGAACGCAACAGACGAUGUCAAGAAGACGCUCUGGUACAAGCUCUGGAUCGAGCCCAAUGGUAAUGUCACGCCCGACGAAGCCGGGGUAACAAGUCAGAUCAGUUUCUUCACGGCGAACUACGAUGUCUGGAAGGACCAUUACGCCGAAGCUAAGGACAUCUUCCAGAAAGCAUGCAAGGGCGAGAUCGGACUCUGGAAGUGGGCUACUGAUAGCAAACAAUGA